AUGUUUCCACCCGUCGAUGACCAUGUUCUCGAGAACAAUCCCGACUUCGCAAGACUAUACAGAACCCUCACAACCUCCAUUUUAAACCCCGAUGGCACAUCAAGACGUAGCAAAGAAUCAAAAGAAAACGAGGCCAUUCGAAAGCGCCGUCACAAACAGCACACCGACCAACACCGCCUGCAAGCUGCCAAGCAGCACCUCCUCGAGCGAGCCAUCGCCACGGCCUCUCCCGCCGACCAAUCCCGGCGCGUACCCGGCUCGCGCGCCCCGAGCGGCUCCCACGACCCUACCCACGCCGACCACGCCGAGUCCCUCGUCGACCUGCUCCUCGCCCUUCCACCGCUCCUCGACACCACAAGCCCCAUCCCACCCGACUCCGCCGCGCUGCUCCUGCGCAGCAAACCCCUAUCUGACCUCGCCACCCUCGCACCCUCUCUCGCCGCGCUCGUGUCCUCCCACCUGCACGCCGCCGCGCUGGACCUGACCCUGCUCACGCACCACCCCGCCUCCCCUUCCACCGCGCCGCGGCACAUCCCCGCGCUCGAGCACGACUACGCCUCCCUCCGAGACCGUCUCGCCUCCUCUCGCGCCACGCUCCUCUCCGCGCGCCUUCGCGCCGCCGCGGCGCUCACGCGGCUCCUGCACGUGCACGCCGAGACGCUCGCGCAGCUCUCGCCCGAGGCGGCGGCGGCCCUGCGCGCGUACGGGGCGCACCUGCGCGAUGCCAAGGUGCGCGGUGCGGAGAGGGUGCGGAACCUGCAGCGCGAGCUUAGGGAGUACGGCGUCGACGCGGAUGACGGGGGCGGCAGCGCGAAGGAGCGGAUGAUGAGGGAGAUGGCAAAGGCGCACGAAGAGAUUGGCAGGCAGGUGGACGAGGUGACGCUGGACUUGGAACGCUUACAUACCGGGCAGUAG